AUGGAAGAUAGGAAUAUAUUAAAAUCACCAUCAAUGACAUUACCAUCAAUUCAUUCAUUACAAAAUCAAGAUGAAUGUCAUGGUGGAGCAUCGGCAUCGGCAUCAUCAUCAUCUUCAUCAUCAAAUGGAUCAUUAUCAUCGGUUAUUUCCAAUCCAUCCAAAGUAUUGUCGAGCAACAACUCUGGAGGAGGUUCAUAUUCAUCACCAUCACAAACUCCACAAGGAAUGUCUCCUCCACGUAGCAGCGAUAAACAUCAUCAUCAUCAUAACAAUGGCGGCAUGGCCAACGGCAACAACCAUCACGACCAUCAACAACAACAACAAGAUUUCAGAGCACCAGACGUCGAUUCAAAACAAGACAAUGAUAUUGAUAGAAUGAGAAAACAACAGCAACAACAAUUACAACAACAACAACAAGAAAAUAGAGGAAGAGAAAGAGAACGUUCAUUUGAUGACCGAUCAUCAGAUAGAGAGGACAAAGCCUCUGGAAAACAAAGAAGAAGUGGUAAUGAUAGUUCUACAUCAUCACCAUCCAUGGCUCUUUCACCAUCACUCCUAAGCAAGAAUGCAUCCAUACCAAACAAUGGAAAGGAUAUUGGGGGUAGAGCUUCUUAUCCAUCCUCUUCUCCAACUCAACAAUCUCAAGACAAGAAAUCUUUUGGUUCAAUCAAUGAUGACAGUAACAAUGGCAAUAAUAAUAAUAAUAAUGGAGGUGAUUUAUCAAGACAAAAUAAUCAAUUAUUAACAAAGGUUAAAGAAUUGGAGGCUGUCAUUACAAAAAAGAAUAUACUUUUAUUAAAAUAUAAAAAGGCAUUAUUAAAAUUGGUUGAAGAUAAAGAAUCAGGAUCAGAGGAUAGUGAAAGUGAUCAUUCAAGAUCAUAUUCAAGAUCACCAUCACGUGAAAGAGAUAGAUCAGUUUCAUCUAGUCGUUCAAGAUCAUCUUCUCGAUCAAGAGGAGGGUAUUCAGACUCUGACAUGUCUGAUCGUGAAGGUAGUCGUCGUAGAAAAUCAACUGCUACAAGUGGUGGUAGUCAUGAUGAGCGAGAUGUACAUAUAUUAAAGACUACCAAUGGAAAUAAUGAUCAUUUGACAUCUAGUCUCCCACCUCUACCUGCAGCUACUGCAAGACAACAAAUUCAAUUGACGCUACCUCUACCUCUACAACCACAACAAUCGCAACCACAAGCAAGUGGUAACAAUUCACAAGACUCUGAUCUAAAGAGAAAAAAUACAGAGGAAAAGGAUGGAGUCAAACGUCGUAGAACGUCUGGGUCGCGCAAAAACACUCUGUGGUCUGCCGAAGACGACGAGACGUUUGCCAGAGCAUACAACAAGUUUGGAAAGAGUUGGAAGACCAUUCACAGCCAUUUGCCAGGCAAGACACGUGAACAAGUACAAAGUCACGGUCAGUACCUGAUAAGAAUUGGAAAACUAGAAGACUUGCACAAAGACGGCCGUCGUACCAGACACCAACGUACUCAAUUACCAAAUCAACAACAAGGUGGUGGAAGUGGUAGUAAUUCGUCUCCAAGUCAACAUCAUCAUCAAGGUAGUGGAAGUGGUAGUGGUAGCGGAGGAUCGCAUCAUCAUCAAGGUGGUAGUGGAAGUGGUAGUGGGUCACAUCACCAUUAUGGAGGGUCGUCGUCAUCGUCACAUCACCAUCACUCUUCAUCAUCAUCAUCAUCUUCACAAAAUAUGAAUUAUAGCGGUAGUGCACAGACACUUGGUGUCGGGUCAUCACCCUACUCUCCCAACAGAGGUAAUGGAGGUAGCAGUCACGGUGCAUCUGGUAACAGUGCCAUGAAUAUUGGAGGUGGAGGUGGCAUCGGUAUCCCAAUGGGUACCACCAAUAGUGGAGGAAUGGAUUCUUAUCAUCAAUACGAUGACAAGAAUGAAGAUUCACCAUACACUUCACCAAGAGAAGAUUAUGAUGAAGAUAAUGAUGUUCGUAUUCAUUAA